AGAUGGUAUCACGCAAGAGUCUAUUCACACCAAGGACACUGGAAGAGUGAAGAGCAGAGAAUUGUCAGUCUGAAGUUUGCAGCAGCCCUACCCUGAACAUUAGAACCUUAGGUGGUAAACUGCUCAUCCAGACAAAGGCAUUACCCAUCAUAAUAAGUACUUUCUUGCUUUUAUUUCAACUGGACAUUUGUGAUUAGAAAAGAUCCCCUGACAAAAUUCAAGAAAAUCUAUCACAAAUGAAUAACAACUUGACAUGCAUUCAACCAUCAGAGAUCUCUUCCAUGGCUUUACCAAUCAUUUACAUUUUCCUUUGUAUUGUUGGUCUCUUUGGAAACUCAUUCUCUCAGUGGGUAUUUUUAACAAAAAUAGGUAAGAAAACAUCAACGCACAUCUACCUGGUACAUCUUGUGACUGCAAAUUUACUUGUGUGCAGCACCAUGCCUUUCAUGGGCAUCUAUUUCCUGAAAGGUUUCCAAUGGAAGUAUAAAUCUCCACAGUGCAUAGUGGUCAACUUUUUGGGAACUCUAUCCAUGCAUGUAAGUAUGUUUGUCAGCCUCUUAAUUUUAAGCUGGAUUGCCAUAAGUCGCUAUGCUACGUUAAUGAAAAAGGAUUCCAUGCAAGAGACCACUUCCUGCUAUGAGAAAAUAUUUUAUGGCCAUUUAUUGAAAAAGUUUCGACAGCCCAACUUUGCUAGAAAACUGUGCAUUUAUAUAUGGGCGGUUGUACUGGGCAUAAUUUUUCCCAUUAUCCUAUACUACUCAGUCGUAGAGGCUACAGGAGAGAACCUGUGCUACAAUCAGAAGAUGGAACUCGGAGCUGCACCCUCUCAGAUUGCAGGUCUCAUUGGAACCACAUUUAUUGGAUUUUCAUUUUUAGUAGUACUAACAUCAUACUACUCUUUUGUCAGCCAUCUGAGAAAAGUAAGGACCUGUACGUCCAUUACAGAGAAAGACUUGACUUACAGAUCCGUGAAAAGACAUCUUUUGGUAAUCCAGAUCCUACUAAUAGUUUGCUUUCUUCCAUACAGUAUUUUUAAACCCAUUUUUUAUGCUCUGCACCAAACAAAGAACUGUCAGCAAUUGAAUUAUUUAAUAGAAACGAAAAACAUCCUCACCUGUCUCGCUUCAGCUAGAAGUAGCACAGACCCCAUUAUAUUUCUUCUAUUAGACAAAACAUUCAAGAAGACACUAUAUAAUCUCCUUACUAAAUCUAACUCACCACAUAUACAACCAUAUGGUUGACUUUGAAUGGAAAACAUCACAAAAUAGAAAAGUGUUCAUGUGACUCUAUUAGGGACACUAAAUGAUCAACAUGUCAUAGCUUGAUUGACAACAGGCACCAAGAAAACCUCUUCAGGUUUUUAAAAUAAAUAACGAUACCCACAACAUUCAAUUUACAGGUAGCUCUAUUUGUACUGAAAGUUGAGAAUGGCAGAGACUUUCAGAGGCAAGUAAAGUAUAUUGAAAGGAUCCCACAGCAUAUGAAGUCAACCAACCAUUUUUUUGUUUAAAUUCAACCAUGGAUCUUCUGUUCAAAACACAGCAUUUCACAAUUAUAGAAUGAAGAAGCAAAUGGCUUAGGCUUGUCUACAGUAGUCAGAAU